AUGUACGCAUUGGCCGUUUGGUUUACGACUGCAGCACCUACUUCCCUCCAAGAAAUUAGAAUCACUUUCCCAGUUAGAGGUCACUCAUUUUUACCAGCAGAUAGGGUGUUCGGAAGAUUAGAGAAACGUCUUAGGACCUUUGAAGUUAUCAUGAAUGACCAAGAAUACAGAGAAAUUUUUAGUGAAUUUGGUACGGUUAAAAUUCUUGGCCAAGAUUGGUUUAUUGAAGACUACAAGGCAUUGGAUAAAGACCUAAAAAAGUUAGUUGGAAUAAAGGACAUGAAACGGAUCAUUUUUAAUAAGGACAAUAAAGGUGUCGUGAAAGUUAAAAUGGAACUAAACUUUAGGAUUGAUGAUACGUCGAAACAAUUUGAAUCAAUUGCAAAAAGAGGGAGACAUUUAAAAGCAAUUAAAUUAAAUAAAAAGGAAUUAAAGAAUAAAGUAAAAGAAGAUAAGUUGAAAAAUCUGAAAACAUUGUUAUUCCUGUACGAUGAAAAUUGGCAACAUGAUGAGCGGCUGGCUUUCUUUAAAGACUUUUUGGCAGAGUGCAAUGUGGGUACAACAAUACCUGAAUCCGAUUCGGAUGAUGGCUUCGAUUGUGACUGCAACGAAGAGGAUGGUGGAGUAGCCAUAUGA